UGGACUAAUAUAGUUGCCCCGGGCUCGGGUCUGAGUCUCAAGCACGAACCAAUAAAAUCAAAGGGCGAGCGGGGUUGCCGCCCUCUGUCUUUUUCACCAAUGGCACGACGAGAUGGCAAAGAGGCGUGGUUGAAUGAUCCCAGAGGGCGCCAAUCAGAUCCACACCAAUCACUGCUUGGAAUGUGUGCGCGUGUGGCCGGGUGACAGGGGCGGAGGAUGGGCGGCUAUCACCAAGCCGCUCGUUGAAAGCUGCCCAAUCACAGCAGAGGCUGAGUUGAGUGACGGGUAGAAGGCUCAAUGGGCGGCGCGGAGGCGGAGCCGUGGGGGGCGGGCUCCCGGUCCCGCUGUCGGCGGCCGGCGGGCAGGCGACUCCUGUCCCGGGUGGAGGCGGCUGAGCCGGAGCCGGGGGAGGGGGCAGCGACUGUCUCACGGACCACGGCGGCGCCCGCAGCUCCUCACCGAAACAAGGAGACCAGUGCUGGUCCAGUGGCUGUGAUGGGAAAAGAUUAUUACAAGAUUCUUGGGAUCCCAUCGGGGGCCAAUGAGGAUGAGAUCAAGAAAGCCUACCGGAAGAUGGCCUUGAAGUACCACCCAGACAAGAAUAAAGAACCCAGUGCUGAGGAGAAGUUUAAGGAGAUUGCAGAGGCCUAUGAUGUGCUGAGUGACCCCAAGAAACGGGGCCUGUAUGACCAGUAUGGGGAGGAAGGCCUGAAGACCGGCGGUGGUACAUCAGGUGGCUCCAGUGGCUCCUUUCACUACACCUUUCAUGGGGACCCCCAUGCCACCUUUGCUUCCUUCUUUGGUGGCUCCAACCCCUUCGAUAUCUUCUUUGCCAGCAGCCGCUCCACUCGGCCCUUCAGUGGCUUUGACCCAGAUGACAUGGAUGUGGAUGAAGAUGAGGACCCAUUUGGCGCCUUCGGCCGUUUUGGCUUCAAUGGGCUGAGUAGGGGUCCAAGGCGAGCCCCAGAACCACUGUACCCUCGGCGCAAGGUGCAGGACCCCCCAGUGGUGCACGAGCUGCGGGUGUCCCUGGAGGAGAUUUACCAUGGCUCCACCAAGCGCAUGAAGAUUACGAGGCGGCGCCUCAACCCUGAUGGGCGAACUGUGCGCACCGAGGACAAGAUCCUGCACAUUGUCAUCAAGCGCGGCUGGAAGGAAGGCACCAAGAUCACCUUCCCCAAAGAGGGCGACGCCACGCCUGAUAACAUCCCUGCUGACAUUGUCUUUGUGCUCAAAGACAAGCCCCAUGCACACUUCCGCCGAGAUGGCACCAACGUGCUCUACAGUGCCCUGAUCAGCCUCAAGGAGGCGCUGUGUGGCUGCACUGUGAACAUUCCCACCAUCGACGGCCGAGUGAUCCCUUUGCCCUGCAAUGAUGUCAUCAAGCCAGGCACCGUGAAGAGACUCCGUGGGGAGGGCCUUCCCUUCCCCAAAGUGCCCACUCAGCGGGGAGACCUCAUUGUUGAGUUCAAAGUUCGCUUCCCAGACAGAUUAACACCACAGACAAGACAAAUCCUUAAGCAGCACCUACCCUGUUCCUAGGCUCUGCCCCAGACAGUCCAGAGUCUACCACAGCAAUACCCCCAACACUCGCCCCACUCAAUGUGCACCCAGCUUGAUGUCCACUGGACACUGGCAACUUUUUCUAAAAUGCAAAAAAAACCACUGGUUUUCAGGAAAAUGUUCCUGUCCCUGACCCCUUUCAGAGCUGGGCUGCCUGGGGGGAGUGGGAGGGAGGUGGGGAAAGCUAGCCCAGGCCAGGGGUCAAUGUUCAUGUCACUAGCUUUGAAUCCAGUUUCCACUGCAGUGGCUGGAAAGUGACCUGAGUGCUACUUGAAGAUAUGUAGAGAUUCCUUAUCCAUGCCUGUACAUAGCAUGUCCUCCUCCCCUCUCAGCUUUGCUAAUACCAGUCCCCUCCCUUCCCUUUGGCUUCCUGCUGCUGGGGGCAGAAGAGAAUAGAAAGGACAUUGCUGUCUCAGCCCCAACCCCAGGUCCACAGUGUCCAAGGUUAUGACACAUAUUCAUGAACACGAAACACUCUUCUAGAGCUGUCUGUGCCUCUCUAGGAGAGAGGAGAUGAGAUAAGAAGGGAAGGUCCAUAACCUGUGAGCAGGGAGGGACUUGAGCAUGAGACACUUUUCAUCUGGAGCAGAGGGGUGAGCUGGCCUCAGCAGCCUCUGCAACAGCUGCCCUGCCUAUACCCACAGAGCUGGAGGUUCUAUCCUCCCUGCUGCUCUCAGGAGUGUUCAAGGGUAGAGGGCAGGAAAUAGGGCCUGAGGUAUUAAGGCUAAGAGGUGGGGGCAGGGCCCAUCUCCCAGCCUUCAUCAAGAAGGGAAAGAGCUUUGGGGUCAGGUGGCAGCUAUUCCUCACCAAGAGAUUCAGGGUCACAGGUUUCUCCCCAUACCUCUGAACUCAGGGCCUAGCCACCCCCAAACUUCCAAAUCCCACUUUUGUGAUAUGUGAAGCUACUUAUUUCUUACCCUUAGAGGCUGUGUGGGGAAUUCCCGGCCCUUUUAUGCCUGUGUGGCCCCACCCCAUUCCCACAGUUGUAUAAAGGUCAUAGUGAAGGAGCUGGGGGAAGACUACUUUGGCCAGAUCCUGGGGUGGGGUCUUUAGGUUUUCUCACUUUAACAAGCCCCUGUAUGUUUUUAUAGUAGUUUUUUUGUAUUUUUUUGUAAUGACAGUAUUAUGUAAAAAAUAAAGUAUUUUAAAAAUA